AUGUAUCCCGGCGCCGAAGUCAUUGGCACCGACAUCACGCCCAUCCAGCCUAAUUGGGUCCCGCCGAAUGUAAGGUUCGAGAUCGACGAUGCUAACCAGGAGUGGACCUGGUCGGAGAACGAGUUCGAUUUUAUUCACUUGCGCACCAUGCUCGGCACAAUUGCCGAUUGGAAGAAGUUCUACCAAGAGGCAUAUCGCUGCUGCAAGCCCGGCGGCUGGUUGGAGCACCAUGAAGAGGAACCCAAGUGGACCGGCUACAACGGCGAGGUUACCGAAGACAGUCCAAUGGGUCAGUGGUAUAAGGUUUUUUCCGAGGGCGGGAAAAAGUUCGGGCGUACAUUCACGCUCAUCUCAGAGGAUGUCCAGAAGAAGUACAUGGAGGAGGCUGGCUUUGUGGACAUUCAAGUGAAGGAUUUUAAGGUUCCUUUGGACGACCACACUGACGAUGCUAAAGAGAAAGAGCUUGGCGCAUGUUUUGGAAUGGUUCUUCAUGCCGACCUUGAAGGAUACGUCAACUACAUCUGGGGUGCUGUAAUGGGCUGGAGGAAGGAGGAGAUCAAGGUCUAUGUUACUCAUCUUCGCAAACAGAUGAGGGACAAGUCUCUGCAUACUUGGUACCCACACCGCGUUGUGUACGGCCGGAAGCCCGAAUGA